AUGGAGGAAAGUGAUGGAACUCAUGUGGGUGAAAUCACUUACCCACCAAAGGAUGCUCCAACAAUACAAGGCAUGGUACAAUACAUCUUAAUGAACAAGAAGAUACCUUCUACUAUUCCCAACCAUUUGAGACUUUCUUCGGUGGAUAAGGAAUUUCCACGACACCUAAUUCCUGAGGAGACAUUGUGCUACCACUGCCCAAACCGCAUGGUCCUCAGUGACCCGAUCUGCAUUACUCAAAAGGCUAAAAUUCUUACAACCACAGGAAUUGUCCAAGAUAUUUCUACAUACUACAAAUACUGUCCUCAGUGUGGAGUACUGUACCGGUACCAAGAGUGGAGCGAAGGUCUACACAAUUUCAAUGACCAUGUCCUUCUUGAUCUACCUCUCUGCCUCACUAUUAGAAACCUGUUGCAGGUCCACACUGCUGUCAGCAGAAUAGUUGAGUAUUUGGAGUUAACUACAGGUGUCCAGUUCCCCUCAGCCGAUACAGUUUUUCAUGGUUAUCUUCAUUUUGAAGCUCUAACAAACCAUGAAUAUCAGUAUUCUUGUGUGACCUGUGGUGACCAUCCGCCUGUGGUCAUAAUGGACCUUCACAAGAAGGCAUCUUUUCAUCUGUCAGUGAGUGACCUUGCACAACCUCCAGAAGAUUUUAAUGGAGAUGUGGAUUCAGAACAGUUUUGGAAGGCACUGACAGAGGAAAGAAUUGCCCGUGGAUUUGUUUCAAGUAAGAAAGCUAAGUCCUUACAAUUCAGUGUUCCUCCAAGUUUUCACUUUUGGGCACCCUGGAUAGGGAGAAAAACACGCCGCUCAAACUGUGUUCUUAACACAGAAUUUGAAAAGAUCCGUCCAGCAAAAGCAGCAGAGGUCUCUGAGAUAACUGUCUCAGAGGAUCGUCUGAGAGAUGAGCUCUGCAAACAGAAGGUGCAGGUGAUUAGAAAUUUAUGCAGAGAGUGUGGUUUGGAUGCCACUGGAUCUCGAACUGACCUCCUUUUAAGACUUUCACAAGAAAUGAAGUCACGAGAGGCAUAUGACAAAGUUUUUGAGAAAAUUUGGGCUGCCUCAGGUGGUUGGGCUGUGAUUAUGUGUCCGUGUGGCAUUGUCUACAGUUUGAAAUGCAACAUCCGAGCAGAGAGCCCACGGGAUUUUGCAGACAUGCUUCUUUCAUGGAAGCAUAUGCCGAACAUUGUCAUCUACGACUUUGCACGUGGACUGUCAACCCACACUAACCUAAGACAACCACAAACAAUACCCUUCUCACCAUUUGAAGGGAGGUUAAUGGACCCAACAGCAGAAAACAUUGUGAAAGCCAAAGCUGGAAACGUAAAGGUGUCACUACCCUGGCUGACGUGCAAAAAGAAAAAUCCUGACACUAAUGGCCACCCUAUUACUGGUUCAGCAGAACAUUAUGUUCUGUAUGACCGGUUCCAUGAGGACAACACAAAGGACGCUCGAGAUUCACUGCGGAAGCUUCGCCUGGUCCCGCAACUGGCUGGAAAAGUUAACAGCCAAGUCGUGGAACAGUUAUUUGCAAAACUAAAAAAAAACAACUACUUCCUAAACAUGGCUUUGCUGUCGACUCACGUGUUCCUCAUGCGAAACAUAAUUCACCAUUACAAUAUUCGCAAAAAUGAAGAACGACUUGACCACAUGAAAAAGGAGUUUCAGAACAUAUAA